UCCCUCCAGUGAAAUGUUAGGAUUUAUAGUCCUUGGCAUAAUUUGCAGGAUAAAAUAUUAAAAUGCAAUAACAAUGCUGUAAAGAAAGGAAACAUUUCCAAUUAAAAAUCCCAUUGUGGAAGAAAGGCGGGAUAGAAACCCUUGAAAUAAAUAAACUAAUAAAUAAAUAUGAUGAUGGCUAGCAGUACACAAUGGGAUUAGAUAAAUUAGUGGAUGAGAAGAUUAUCAAACGGCUACUAGCUAUGAUGACAAUAUGGGCUCUCCAGAAGCAAAGAUGGCAGCCUCUUAACACCAGUUGGUGCAGAAUUGGCCUCAUUAUGCUUUAAUCAUAGAGUUGGAAGAGACCGCAAGGGCCAUCCAGUCCAACCCCAUUCUGCCAUGCAGGAACUCUCAAAGCAUACUCACCGGUCAUGCUUUUAUCUGUUUUAAUACCGAUAAUAACAAGGUGCCUUAAGAUCCAGUUGUGAUAGGUCUUCUUUUCCUAGAGGGAUGCAAAUGGUAUGGCCAUUGCUAUCCUAGGGCCCACAUUUCCAGACCUGGCUGCAAAUGUGAACAAAAACGUCAGUCAGAUCUCUUUCAUCUUUGUGGGUCGUUCAUCGGGGUAUUUUGUUGGUUCUUUGAUUGGUGGAAUACUUGUUGACUGCAUGAAUGCCCAUGUCCUCUUAGGCUUGUCUAUGCUGGCAACAGCCAUGGGCCUGUAUGCCAUCCCAUGGUGUAAGACAGCACUCUUGCUCACAGCCAUGAUGUCUGUCAUUGGUUUUUCAAUGGGAGUCCUGGAUACAGGUGGCAAUGUUGUUGCUUUGGACACAUGGGGGACAGAGGCAGGUCCACAUAUGCAAGCUUUACAUUUCAGUUUUGCACUGGGUGCUUUUGUGGCUCCCAUCCUGGCCAAGAUGGCAUUGGGUGACUCUACUAUGGAUCCACAGGCCCACCAGGGUGGUACCAAUGACAGUCAGCCUGCUGUGGAUUCUCUUCCUGCUCCUACGUCAUCACAGAAGCUACAUUUCACCUUGAACUUGAUGUGGUCUUAUGCUGUGAUAGGCACCUACCUCUUGCUUGUCACAUUGUUUUUCUUUGUUUUAUAUUGGAAGACCAGGACUGUUAGGGACAGAAGGAAACUUUCCACACAGAAAUACAAGUUUGCCAAAUACCACUAUGCCCUCAUAAUUAUUCUCUCCAUAUUCUUUUUUUUUUAUGUUGGAGCAGAGGUAACCUAUGGGUCUUAUAUUUUUACUUAUGCAAAAACCCACGUUGGCAUGAAGGAAAGUGAAGCAGCAGGGUUGAAUGCUGCCUUUUGGGGAUCGUUUGCAGCUUGCAGGGGAUUGGCAAUCUGUUUGGCUGCCUGCUCUUAUCCUGGGGCUAUGAUCCUACUGAGUAUCAUAUGCUCCACGGUGUCGUCGUUGUUCCUGACACUGUUCAAUACACACUCCAUCUCUCUGUGGCUUGGCUCGGCAGUGUAUGGAGCAUCAAUGGCCACCAUCUUCCCAAGUGGCAUAUCCUGGAUUGAGCAGUAUACCACUAUCCAAGGGAAAUCAGCAGCGUUGUUUGUGAUGGGUGCAGCUAUGGGGGAAAUGUGUAUUCCAGCAGUGGUUGGCUUCCUUCAAGGAUUCCAUCCUACUAUCCCUGUGCUCAUGUAUACUGCGCUGGGAGCAUCAGUCAUGACUGCAGUGCUGUUCCCUGUCCUGUAUAAAUUAGCUACCUCACCCAGUGAUGCUAAGCUGAAUGAUAGUGGAGACAGGAAACUCCGGGAAGCAUUAUUGUCCAACUCUCACCUUGAGGAGGAGGACGGGGAAGAUGGCAGAGAAUGGAAUGAAGUAGACUUUGAAGUGAUUGAAAUGAAUAACACUCAGCAGAAUUCAGUCAUCGAAACAUCCAAGAAGAUCCAAGGGGAGUCUACACUGGCUACUUCCAGCCAUCCUUCUUCAGGAAACACAUUCACUUCUCCUGUGCUUUCUAUUGGAUCCCCGAGACGAAAGAAUUCAAGUAAAAAUGACUAAGGGGCUCUUCUACAGCAAGAUGUUUAACUCCUACUCUAUAAACAUGUGAUAAUACUGUAGCGGUGAGAAGCUUGGUAAAUUCCAGUUGAGGCUGCUUUGUUUAAAAGCAUAUCUGAGCAUGUACCAUAGAGGAAUAUUGUGGGGGAGCUCAUCUGGAUGAACAUGUUGGUAAUAGAAAAAUAAGGCAGAAUUGAUACUGUAAUAUUGAUACUGUAAUCACUCCUCAAGCUUGUGUGAUGGUAAAGUAAUUUUGUGUUGCAGAAAGGAUUCAUCUGCUGACGUCACCGUCGGCUCUUAAGCCUUCACCAAGGCAGUUUACAUUUGAUUUAAAACCACUUGAAGAAGCACAGGCUUGGUCUUGAGUUCUGGGAGCAGCCUGGGUGGUCCUCAUCUUUUAUUUUAGUUGUUAUUUCAGUUUCUAGCACUACCUUAAUGUGGCUAUCUAGAUAACAUAUGCCCUUAAAUGCUGUUGCAUCUUCUAAAAACUGCGUUUCAGAGUGGCAUUUGUAUAUUCCUUGAAAAGCAAGGGCAUUAUUGCUUAUGAACAUGUUUACUUAUUCCCAUAUUUUCUGCAUGCUGUUUAUAAUCAACAACAGUUUCUGUACUACUUCCAAGACUGAUUCAUAAACACUUCCUUCUUAUCCAAGAUAAUAUUGAAUAUUUAUUUUGUUGGGUUCAUCCUUGGAAGAAAAAUCCAGAUAUUGGUCUAUCCUACACUCAGGUGCCCCUGCUUACAGAAUAUAAGAUUCCCUUUAUAAAAUUACCCUUGAUUGUGCCAUGUGAUGACAUUACCCUUGCUAGAGCAUGCAGGAUGUUGUUUAUUAUAACCUCUUCUUUUAUUAGGAGAAGAGUAAGGCUGCUACAUGGUCUUAUUCAAAUGUUAAUGCAAAGGGUAUUGUAGUAUGCUGCUUUCUGACAAGAAAUGCUGUAAUCUAGGUCUUGCCAUAAAUUUUAUUUUCAUAUUGUGGAAAAUGGCGAUUUACCAAAUACAUUUUUUUUGCUUAUAAUUUAUAACAUAAUAUCACAAUGGUGAUUGAUGCUCAGGUGUAAUGGAGUUGAACAGGUUUGAACUUAGGAGUGACCUUCACUCAGGUUGGCAAAGGUGGGUGGUUAAUGUGAAAUUGCUGUAGAGGAUAUAUGAUCUAUAUAUAUGAUGUAUAUAUAGCUAUAGAUAGAUAUAUGAUACCUAUCCAUAGAUAUAUGAUCUGUCUAUAGCUAUAGAUAGAUAUAUGAUCUUCUGUAGAAUGUAGAGAAAACUGAACGUGUGCCUUGGAGACUAGUUUUGAUCAUGAAAUUUAGAAUAUGCUUUUAUAUUCCCUUUGAGGUUUUCAGGUAUGGUACUGGAUUUUAAAAUUGAAUGUAUGGACUAUCUGUGCACAAAUGUAUUUUGCUGUUGCCACAGUGGAAUUCUUGUUAAGUGGCCUUAGAUUUUAAUGGCAAUAUAAUAUGUUCAUUGUGAAACAUUAAAGACUAGAACUUAAAAAAAUGAAAGACUAUCAUUAGCUAUGCCUGUAGAUUAGUCAGUUUAAAAUGAUAAUGCGACUACCUCACAGGGGUGUUCUGGAAUAAAGCAUUUCAUAUUAAAAGUUGGUGAAAUAAGAAUUUACUUUUUAAAAGAUGAGACACAUUAUAGUAAUGUAUACUGCAUUUGUACACUUAUUCAUAGGUUUAACUCACAAAUACAAGUUUGGUUCCUGAUGUCCACAUGAACAGAACAUCAAUGUGUUUAAGCAGAUUUUCCCCCCCAGUUUUAAUAAGAACAUGUUCCAAAGUGCUACUCCAGACAUGCAGAAAGGGCUUGAAUAUGCCUACAAGGAUAAGUUCUCUCCUUUGACUGCCAGUGUCUCCUUUCGUAUUUCAAGCCCUGAAUUUCAAAGGAGGGUUGCCUGUUUCAAGAGAAGCUUCUGAGAUUUCUCUUUUGUCUACGACCAUUUUAUGUAAAUACUCUAUAUAGGCAGAUGAGAUUUACUCUGCAAUAGGGAGAGCUGCUUUUGCAGAAUUACAAAUCCGGCAUUCCUUUGGUCAGCCUGUUUUGUUUUGUUUUGUUUUUGGUUCUGGGCUAAAAUACAUUAUACAUUGAUUAGUAGCAUUUUCAGCAGUCAAAUCAAAAGCAUGAUAAAAAAACACCAAGAUUUCUGUUUUGGAGAAUACUGGUGUUUGUUAUAUAAAGGUAAUUUGGGUUGGGUUUUUUUUUACACAUUCUUGUCAAGCAAAAAAACAAAAAGCAAAAACCUACUGCAAUUAUAAACUUAGUCUUUCCUGGUGGUGUAUAUAUUCCUGGUAUUUGUGUGUUUGUAACUCAGUAAACUGGCAUUAUGAAGCAGAUCAGCCCUGCACUUUGACUUGCACCUUUUGGCACUUUGUUUUAACUGUCAAAUGUAAUGUUUGCCUUAAAUAUUGCCUGUGUGACUUGGGUAUCAAUGGUUUAUUUUUCUUUUACUUUUCUUAAGUGUGUCCAUUGGUGGGGUUGUUUUUUUUGUAAUGCAACUAGAGUGAUUGUGUUUACAGGGGUUUGAGAAAAUGUGAUUUUUCUUCAAUAAACUAUAUCUUUACUAAAAA